AUGGAUCACUCUUGUGUUGCUGUUGGGUCUUUCCAUCAGGGAGAUCUGAGAUUCACUGAGAGCAACAAUGCACAGUGCAUGGCUAAUUCAGCCUGUGCCCUCGCCUGGCAAGUGUUCUGCGGGGGGUUCAGUACUAAUGCCAUUGACGAAAUACUCAUGGCCGGCGACCGUUUGUACAAUCAAUCCCGCCGUGAGUAUAACGUCAUGCAUAGGUAUCUCUUCCCCGAGGACCUUGCCAGGAACUUCGUGGUUGCAAACCAUCAUGUAACCAUAGAGGAAAUUUCCAAUGUUGGUGAUGGAUUGUAUCCUCGUUCCUACGCCGAAUUGGACGAUGUGACCACUUCUUUAACAGCGAUGUUGGAAACGGCCAUGUCCGGCGACUCUGUUGAUGGCGGCUUUGUGUUCACGGGUCAAUUGGUAGCAGUAGCUUUUUGGCGUUACCAAGGGCGACUCUACCUCUUUGACUCACACGCGGUGAACGAGAGUCGUCGUCGAGACAUUGAUGAGGUCAAUAAUAAGGCUCGGCUGUUUGUGUGCGAUGGCUUGGUGCAAGACGAAAAGGAGUACCACUACGCACUGCGCGAGGCCGCCACUUUCAUGACUGGCCCGAGACUUCGUUCUUUCUUUGUGAUCCUCUGCAACAUGGGGGCUCCUGCAGCUCUCCUGUGGGAUGCUUUCCGUGAUUCUAUCUGCGAGGACCACAUAGAGCGUAAUCCUCUCGAUGUUGAACUGGCCUACAAGCUAAGUCUCAUCGAGAUUGAUCGUAGUCUCCGUCGGCAGGGCUCUUGCGUCGCAGAUCACGGCCUCCCCGAUGUACACGAUGACACGACGGAGUUGGGCAGAGAACUGCUCUUACACGGCGAAAAUCAACAGAGAGCGUUUGUGGAGGAGUGGGUGCCAAAGCUCUCUGAAGACCAAAACCGUGUAUUUGAGUACGUUACCUCCGUUCUCAAUGCCCCAGCCAGCGGAACGUCGUCGAAAAUCAUUUUCCUUGACGGUCCGGGUGGCUACGGGAAGACCACUCUUAUUCGUGUCAUUCUCGCAUACGUGAGAGGUUGUCGUCAGGUUGCACUGGCAGUCGCCAGCUCUGGGAUCGCCGCGGGUAACAUGCCUGGUGGGACUACAGCUCACAGCAUGUUCCGGUUGCCGCUCGACUUCGGUGACGGCACCGGCUUUUGGAACAUUACCAACGGCUCCCAGCGAGCAGAGCUUAUCAGAGCCGCAAGGCUUAUUGUCUUCGAUGAGGCACCGAUGGCACAUCGGUUCGUUUUCGAGGUUCUCGACAGAUCCCUGCGAGACCUCAUGCGUUCCAGUGAGCUAUUCGGUGGUAAAAUCUUCCUCUGCUGUGGUGACUUCCGCCAGAUCGCACCCGUCGUCGUGAACGCUCGAACGCCAUCUGAUAUUGUUUGCGUUUCACUUCGGGCCUCCCAUCUCUGGCAGCACUUCAAAAUCUUUGCCCUGACCACAGCUCACCGAACUAGUAGUUCCACGGCCUAUUCAGAUUUCCUUCUCGGGGUAGGCAACGGUACUGUUAGUUCGACAACUUUCUUGGAGGGACGGAACGAACAAAGUCUAAUUCCGUUGCUCGGAAUUAGACAAGUGACAUCUUUGACUGAUUUGGUCGAUUCCGUCUUUCCUGCGAACGUCCUACUCGACUCUGAUCUGUGUUCGCGACGCGCAAUCCUCUCGACUCUGAUAGUGAACGUCAAGGAGAUCAACGACCACAUCUUGAACUCCCUUGACGGUCAUCUGUACGAGCUGAGGAGCGCCGACACAGUGGACAGAGAAAACGACGAUGGCCUGGAUGUCGACGUACAACUCCUGAACACGGCUACUGGCAAGGGCGUACCAGACCAUGUUCUGCGGCUGAAGAUCGGCUCUGUUUGCCUUAUUAUGAGGAAUCUCGACAUCGCUGAAGGACUCGUCAACGGCACUAAAGUCAUCGUAAUCGGCAUCACCAACCGGCUGAUUACAGUGAGACUUCCCGGACAGACGCAACCUAUCGGAAUUCCCCGAAUUACGUUUACGUUCGCGUUUGUCGAGGGUUCGCCGUUACGUGUUCGUCGACGUCAGUUCCCACUGAUGUUGGCCUAUUGCAUGACCGGACACAAAAGCCAAGGUCAGACAAUAGAUUCAGUCGGUGUUGAUUUACGGACCGAUUGCUUCACGCACGGGCAACUGUACGUCUUGCUCAGUAGGGUCAGACAUCCCGACCAUAUUGUCGUUCUCGUCCAUCCCGAACGUGUCCGAGAUGGAAUCGCAUACGCAAAGAACAUCGUGUAUGGCGAUCUCCUUCUCUAA